CUUAUUGAGUGACAAAUCGGUCCGAUAAUCCAUUGCAAAAUUUUCUAAAUUAAUCGAUGAAACAAGUACACAAAUGUCUCAUCGACUUUUAUCUAUCUUAUCAGUAAUUACGAUAAACCAACAUUAGAUGAAUCAGAUAGUCCGAGCACCUGUAACAGAAAAGAUUCGAAUUUUCUCUCAUACAUGAUUUUUUUCUGAAACUCGAAAAUCGUCAACGAAAAUGUUGACAAAGUGUUUGUUAGUGCUUCUAUUAAGUGCAUACAAUCAAGCUCAAGAAAUAAACACUAGCGAUGUGGAAAUUUUGACAAAAAGUGACCCACAACCCCCGCUUAUWAACCAAGUCGAUGAAAAUCCGGGUGGUAAUGACGAACGACCGGAACAACCCCAAGACGACAGAGAAAAAACAGUCCCUAAUAACAACACCAAUUUAAAUAACUCUGACGAUGCGGUUGAAGUUUUUAAAUCGCCAGAUGUAGUUUUGCGUAAAGGGCCUAAUGGAAAAUAUAUGAUUGAUUAUGGCGACAAUUACGACCCAAUGACCUCAGACUAUGCCCCUCAAGAAGACAGUCAAAGAGGCCGCGCCGGGCCCCCUUACGUUAUUACCGAAGCUCGGCUCAAAGAAAUCAGGGAACACUUCAUGUACCCUUUUUACGACAAGGGUGGCAAUGCUGAUAACGAAGGCGAUUAUCAAAAAGCCAUUCAAACAUCAACCCCUCAAGUGCACAAAAAUCUUAACUUCCAAUUGCCCUUCUUCGGAUUUAGAUACAACUACACCCGAGUCUCUCUAAACGGCUAUUUGGAAUUCAGUGACCCCCCUCAAAAUUACGAAACUUACCCUUUGGUAUUCCCCGUGAAAGACUGGCCGAAAAGGAACGAUCCGGCUUUUAUCGGGAUUUUUUACAGCAAAUGCCGGAUUGGUAAUUUGCGAGUUGAGGAUGUGGACCAGCGAAAACCCGGGGUGUACUUUAGACUUGAGCGGGAUCUUAGGGAGAGAAACGACCAGAUGGGGGUCGAAAUUAGGGAGCGACUGAAGUGGGAUAUUCGGGAAGGGGUCAUCGGGGCUGAUAAUUUUAGGCCCAAACAUGCCAUUAUAGCCACUUGGAAGAACGUUUCUUUUGCUGGAGGCUUCGCCAAUGCGCUUUACAGAACAAACACGUUUCAGUUGGUUUUGGCUACUGAUGAAGUCUACACUUAUGCUAUGUUCAAUUAUUUGAACCUUGAUUGGACUAGUCACACUGAAGCUGGGGGCGACACCAUCAAUGGUGAAGGUGGUAUUCCAGCCUAUGUGGGAUUCAACGCCGGAAAUGGUACCAGAUCGUACCAAUACAUGCCAUACAGUCAAAAUUCAGUCAUCAGAGACUUGACUGGUACCGGUUUCGGCAACGACAAGAAAGGACGCCACUAUUUCCGAAUCGACGAAAAUAUUUAUCUCGGUAGUUGCAACAAAGACAUUGAUGGUGCCAAUUUGGACCUGUUUUUCGCCCCCGAAAGUGGCAACAUGCUUGGUGGUACCAUUGUUAACAUCACAGGGCCUUGUUUCAAACCAACCGAUCAGAUUAUUUGCAAAUUUGACACUGCUGACGAGGUCUAUGGGGUUGUGGUUAGCAGCAAUAGGGCCAUUUGCGUCCAACCACCACUUCUGGUCGAAGGCUACGUCAAGCUUGAAAUCGCAAUUGGGCCUGGAACGUAUAAGUGGAAGGGGAAAUAUUAUGUUGAAACCCCGGCAACUGCAUCUCAGAAAAUCUUCUUCAACGACAUGUCUUACAACGAGAAAUCCCCAGCGGAGAUUGGGAUUACUUGGGAAAAACAGAAUUUAACAACGAACGAAAACGCCAAUAUCCGAAUUUCGCUGUGGGGGUACCGGGAAACAAGCAUCCGCCCCGAAUUCCUCUACAUCACUGAUCUGGCAAGCAAUGUCCAAAACACGGGAUCGUACAAAAUCAUCCCUUCGCAAUACAAGAACCGCAACAACGAAAAAUUGAUCGAUCUUCAAUUUGGUUUCAUUCAAAUCAACUUGACUGAAUCAAUUCCUGUGAAGAAAAAUGAUGGGCAAGGAGGCGAGGUCAAAGUAACCCCACUGAUAUGGAGUCGCCCCAUUCCUCUGGGGUGGUACUUCGGGCCGCAAUGGGAACGCAAAUACGGCUCAAAUUGGCCCAAGUAUCUCUGCGACAAUUGGCUCAAAGACGACAGAUAUUUAAAGAACUUCGCCAGCGAACUGCCACAGUGUCCUUGCACCUUGCAACAAGCCUUAGCUGACAAGGGGCGAUUCAUGCCCGAUUUCGACUGCGAUAAAGACGCCAACCCCAAGUGCUACUUCCACCGACAAGCUGUGCAUUGCGUCAAAACAGGCUCACCUUCCUUGCAAGGAGCUGAGCAGCAGUGCUGCUACGACAAAAACCACUACUUGAUGUUGUCCUACGACCAGAAAUGGGGCUCCUAUCCGCGCCGUAGCCACAAUCUGGGCUACAUCCCCUGGUACGAAUCCACCAAAGUCCCGACUCUGUCCCAAUGGUACAACGACAUGAUCCCCCGUUUCGUUUGCUGCUUGUGGCAAGAGGAAACCGCCGUGGGGUGUGAAACCCUCCGAUUUGAAAGACGCCCAACUCAAGAUUGUGUGGCUUACCAAGCCCCGGCAGUCGCUGGUGUUUAUGGCGACCCCCACAUCAUCACUUUCGACGACCUUCCAUACACUUUCAACGGAAAAGGCGAAUUUGUUUUGGUCAAGUCCGCAAGUGUGAGAAAUCGGUUGGAAAUCCAAGCCAGAUUCGAGCAAAUGCCGAUGAAUGCGUACGGGGAAGUCAGGGCCACGCAACUCACUUCGGUGGURGCGAGAGGUAACAGCACCACGAUUAUUGAGAUCAGGAGAAGGCCCCAGGAGGCGCGGUGGAGGUACAGACUUGAUGUGAUCGCUGAUCGAAGGAGGGUUUACUUCGAUAGACCCUCAUUGAAGUUUCAACAUUUCCCCGGAGUUACUGUCUACACCCCAACUUACAUCUUCAACCAAUCGGAAGUUGUUGUAAUGUUUGAUUCAGGGGCUGGUUUGGAAGUUGUGGAAAACAACGGGUUUUUAACAGCGAGGGUUUACCUUCCGUGGUCAUUCAUUAACCAAACUCGGGGGCUUUUUGGUAAUUGGAGUUUCGAUAAUAGGGACGAUUUUACUCUCCCCGACGGUAAGACAACUGCAAUUACGACAAAUUUGAACGACAUGGCUAGUGUUUACACCAAUUUUGGCAUGAAAUGGAUGCUGGAUGAUGUGGGAGAUGACGACAAAGGAGCAGCUCUUUUCUUCCGAGAGCACGGGAAAUCUGCCUCCUCGUACAACAAUAAAACGUUCCUUCCCGAGUUUAGGAUGGCAGUGGAGGAAUUAAUCCCCGAGAAUCGGUCCGAAUAUCGCAACAAAGCUUACGAUUUAUGUACUUCAUCAAAUUACGAAUGUUUGUACGACUACGCCAUGACUUACAACAGAGAAGUGGCCCACUUCUCGGCCAAUUACAAAGCUUCAAUCACCCAACUCAAAGAGAUAAAUAAGGAUAAUAUCGUCUCGUGUGGUGUCUURGAAACCCCCCGAUUCGGCCGCAAAGACACUUUCCUCUUCGUCCCAGGAACUAAAGUUACUUUUGAAUGCAGCCAAGACUUCAUUCUAGUCGGGGACCAAAGACGCGAGUGUCUGUCGACCGGGGAGUGGAACAUCCCAGAGUAUGGAUACACCGAGUGUUUACGCCAUCAGGAGUAUUCGUCGAGAAAGGCAGCGAUAACUGGAGGCAUAGUACUAGCAGUCAUUUUACCAAUUUUACUAAUAAUAGCAUUUUGUGCGUUUACUUUGUUUAAAAGACUCGCAAAUGAUAGAAGUUCGUGGCAGUACAAUGCCGCCCCCCUUGUUAAAAGUUCACGACCGUUAAGUCCCAUGUCGGAUGAUGAAUAUUCGCUCCGGAGCCCUGCUCCGAGUGACCGGUCGAGUACGAGCAGUAUGGGGAAAAAGAGGAGAAGUUACGAUAAGGUUUACCGCACUCAUGAACCCCUUGAAGGGCUGCCUGAGACAGAGUUCGAGGAGAAGGCCUGGGAUCCCAAUGAACCCGAUUUUGAACCAGACAGUAAACCCACAAGUCCGACUUCGGUCAUUUACACUGAACCCUUCAGUAAACCUGACUUAGUCAAGUUCCAGUCAAAUCCGAGUUUGAACCGAUUCACUUACAACUCCGAUGAUUACACUUUGCCGGUGAAAAAGAACCGGAUGAGUAGUCAGAGUAGCAUAGUAACCGAUGUUUAGCUUCCUAGCAUGUGGAAUAUGCUGUACUAUUUCAUUAUAACUGUACAAUUUUUUAAAUAAACUUGUAAAUCACA